CAUUUCUUUAGGGUUUUUCACUUUUUUCUGAGUCCCACCCAUUUUCCCCCCAAAACCCUAUCAUCCCGUAACACUGCCCACCACAGCAAAUGCCACCUCUAUGAGACCCACCCAAUUCCUCUCUGUCUCGGACGUCCCUACCAUGGCUUUCUCUUCCGGACUUCGCUUUUCCACAUUGCUCCUCCGCCACCGCCCUUCUCUCGUCCUCGCCCCCACGCGCCUUUCCUCCGGCCUCCGCUGCACCCUCUCUGACCUCCGCUUUCUCUCCAGCAACCGAGGACCAACGGCCAUCCGGCCGACGGUGGUGGAAGCGAGGCUCAGGGACGAGACGGGGAAGGAGGACGGCGACGACGUGCGAGAUGGGAACGGCAGCGUGUUGGUCAAGGGUAGAGUUGGACGCGACGGUGGGGAUGGUGGCAGAGUCGUGCCCUCCGAGCUCCACAAGGAGGCCACCGAGGCCUACAUGGCCUACGCCAUGUCGGUGCUCCUCGGCCGGGCUUUGCCCGAUGUUCGCGACGGUCUCAAGCCAGUCCACCGCCGUAUCCUAUUUGCAAUGCAUGAAUUGGGCCUUUCAUCACGAAAACCAUUCAAGAAAUGCGCUAGAGUUGUUGGAGAGGUUCUAGGCAAAUUUCACCCACAUGGAGACAAUGCUGUAUAUGAUUCCUUAGUGCGAAUGGCACAGGAUUUCUCCUUACGGUCUCCACUAAUCAAUGGGCAUGGGAAUUUUGGUUCGAUUGAUGCAGAUCCUGCUGCGGCCAUGCGUUACACAGAGUGUAGAUUGGAAGCACUCACAGAAGCAAUGUUAUUGUCGGAUUUAGAACAAGAUACAGUUGAUUUUGUACCAAACUUUGAUAAUUCACAAAAAGAACCUUCACUUCUACCUGCUCGGCUUCCAACUUUAUUGUUGAAUGGUUCUUCUGGGAUUGCGGUCGGCAUGGCAACCAACAUUCCUCCUCAUAAUCUUGGGGAGUUGGUAGAUGUUCUCUGUGCUUUGAUUCAUAAUCCUGAAGCUACACUACAAGAAUUGUUGGAAUACAUGCCUGGACCUGACUUUCCAACUGGGGGAUUAAUUAUGGGAAACAUUGGCAUCUUAGAGGCAUACAGAACUGGGCGUGGACGUCUUAUAGUAAGAGGGAAAACUGAUGUUGAAUUGCUUGAUCCUAAAACAAAACGAACCGCUAUUAUCAUAAAAGAGGUCCCCUAUCAGACCAACAAAGCUGCCCUUGUAGAGAAGAUAGCUGAACUCGUGGAAAACAAGAGUUUAGACGGCAUUAGCGAUAUUCGGGAUGAAAGUGAUCGAUCUGGAAUGCGUAUAGUCAUCGAGCUAAAAAGGGGAUCAGAGCCAUUGAUUGUCCUUAAUAAUCUUUACCGUCUCACUGCUCUUCAGUCUAGUUUCAGCUGCAAUAUGGUAGGAAUUCUUGAUGGACAACCGAAGCUGAUGGGUCUGAAGGAACUACUGCAGGCAUUCUUAGAUUUUAGAUGCUCUGUUGUCGAGAGACGUGCUAGGUUUAAGCUUUCACAAGCACAGGAAAGAAGACAUGUAGUCGAGGGUAUCGUCGUGGCGCUUGAUAAUUUGGAUGAAGUAAUUCAUAUAAUAAGGAAAGCUUCGAGCAAUGCAAUUGCAUCGGCUGGUUUAAGAAAUGAGUAUAAUCUAUCAGAGAAACAAGCUGAAGCUAUUCUGGACAUUAGCCUAAGAAGAGUCACCCUUCUUGAGAGAAAAAAGUUUGUUGAUGAAAGUAAUUUCUUGAUGGACCGAAUAUCUGAAUUAGAGCAACUUUUAUCAAACAAGAAGCACAUAUUACAGGUAAUAGAGCAAGAAGCAAAUGAACUGAAAAACAAGUUUUCUAGUGCGAGGCGUUCGAUGUUGGAGGAUACUGAUAGUGGCCAACUUGAGGACAUAGAUGUUAUUCCGAAUGAAGAAAUGCUUUUGGUGCUUAGUGAGAAAGGUUAUGUUAAGCGGAUGAAACCGAAUACCUUUAAUCUUCAGAAUCGUGGGACAAUUGGUAAAUCCAUUGGAAAGCUAAGAGUAAAUGAUGCAAUGUCAGACUUUAUUGUUUGUCAUGCACAUGACCAUAUCCUGUAUUUCAGUGAUAAGGGAAUAGUGUACUCAGCUCGUGCAUAUAAAAUUCCAGAAUGCACCCGGACUGCUGCUGGCACACCACUUGUUCAGAUCUUAUCUUUAACUGAUGGUCAGAGGAUAACAUCUGUUAUUCCUGUGAGUGAUUUUGCUGAGGAUCAAUUUUUACUGAUGCUGACAAUGAAUGGCUACAUCAAGAAAGUAUCUUUGAAUUCUUUCUCAUCCAUCAGGUCAACAGGAAUCAUAGCAAUUCAGUUGGUUCCUGGUGACGAGCUAAAGUGGGUUCGUUGUUGUACAAAUGAUGACCUUGUUGCCAUGGCUUCACUGAAUGGAAUGGUCUCACUAAGUUCUUGUGAGAUUAUUCGAACGCUAAGCAGAAAUACAAGGGGUGCAGUGGCCAUGAGACUAAAAGGAGAAGAUAAGAUGGCAAGCAUGGACAUUAUACCAGCCGCAAUACGGAAAAACGUGGAAAUGGUGUCAGAAGCUAACCCAAGAAGUGCUAAACGCCUCAAUGGCCCAUGGCUGUUGUUUGUCUCCGAAAACGGUUUUGGAAAGCGAGUGCCCUUGAGCUGCUUCCGUGCGUCAGCUUUGAAUAGAGUUGGUUUAAUAGGACACAAGUUUUCAGCAGAGGACCGUUUGGCAGCAGUCUUUGUGGUUGGAUUUUCCUUGUCAGAAGAUGGAGAAAGUGAUGAACAAGUGGUUCUAGUUAGCCAAAGUGGUACAGCCAACAGAUUUAAGGUUCGGGAUGUUUCAAUACAGUCGCGCUAUGCAAGGGGAGUAAUCUUGAUGCGGCUGGAUUAUGCUGGAAAGAUCCAGUCUGCGUCAUUAAUCUCAGCAACAGAAGCUGAGGUUGAGGAAGAAGUUGAAGCUGCUGCAGUCCAUGGCUAAGGAUAACUGUGAGAAUGUGCUCAUUCUAAUGCCUGCUGAGCGCUCAUGUAAAUGACGACCUAUGGAAGUAAAAUGUUGUUUAUGUGGCAAUUCCAUUAGUGGCUGGUUGUAGUACUAUUUUGUACAGGCUGUAAUUUUUCCUACCAUUUCCUUUCCGUUAAUAACAUUGUAGUUUCUCUCAAUUGCUCAAGUUGGAAUUUUUUAUUUUAA